UGUGUUUUGAGCUAGGGUCUCAAUCCCACGUGGUUUUCACGUUUACCGGUGUGGUCGUCAGGAAUCUCUAAAUGGCAACCGAAAAAGUAGCCCGGGGCAGCGCCGUCUUUACCGGCUACCGAUCUUUGGGCAUGUAUAGCAAUCACAUUCCUCACGUGGUGCGUUAUCAUAAGAAGCACAAGCAGUUCUACCUGGUGACGUCUGUGGGAAAAAGCUUCCUGACUUAUAACGUGAACAAGCUUGGACAAGUUGCAGUCAGUAAUGCACUUCCAGAAAUGAUCAGCUGCCUUGCUGCAGACAGAAUGCUGGUGUUUGCAGCACAUGGAAAUCUACUUAAAGCUUUUGCACGGAACAAAGAGGUAGUUUACACCUAUAAAGGACAUGAAGCCGAAAUUCAGCUUGUUCUACCCUUUGGUGAUCAUGUGAUUUCUGUGGAUACUUCUAAUGUUCUUAUGAUCUGGGAUGUAAAAUCUGAAGAAGAAUAUCUCCAGUUAAAGUUUGACAAGACAAGUUUUACCCUUUCUGCAAUAAUGCACCCCAGUACGUACCUGAAUAAAAUUCUCCUUGGUAGUCAACAAGGAAUCCUUCAGCUGUGGAAUGUAAAAUCCAACAAACUUCUGUUUACAUUCCCAGGCUGGGAGUCAGGUGUAACAGUGCUUCAGCAGGCCCCAGCAGUGGAUGUUGUGGCAGUGGGACUCACAUGUGGCAAAAUAGUGAUCCACAACAUCAAAUUUGAUGAAACAUUAAUGACAUUUCAGCAAGAUUGGGGGCCUAUCACUGCAAUAUCUUUCCGCACAGAUGGACAUCCUAUUAUGGCUGCAGGAAGCCCAGUUGGCCACAUUGGACUGUGGGAUCUUGAAGAAAAGAAGCUAAUGAAUCAAAUGAGGGAAGCCCAUUCAUCUGCUAUUGCCGGCCUGACGUUUGUGCAGGGAGAGCCCCUACUUAUUACUAAUGGUUCUGAUAAUGCUAUACGGGUUUGGAUAUUUGAUGGUGCUGGAGGACAGGGUCGUUUGCUAAGGUUUCGAAAGGGCCACAGUGCUCCUCCAACCUUUAUUAGACAUCACGGGCUGGAUGGGCAACAUAUUCUCAGUGCAGGUCAAGAUGGAACACUUCAUUCAUUUUCUACUGUUCACGACAGAUACAGUAAAAGUCUAGGGCAUGGAUCAAUAAAUAAAGCAAAAUCCAAAAAAAAGGGACUCCGUUGCUUGUCCUUCAGACUUACUCCUAUCGUCUCAUUUGCAUCUGAGACAUCUCGUCAAAGUGAUUGGGAUGGCAUUAUUGCCUGUCAUCAAAGAUCUGUUAACUGUACAACCUGGAACUAUGUGAAAUGCACAAUGGGAGCACACAAGCUAAAGCCAUCAGACAUCAAGAAUAGCAAAUCAUUUGGCAUUCAUGCAACAGCUGUUGAAAUCACUAGUUGUGGGAACUUUGCUGUUAUUGGCCUUUCACAUGGGAAUGUAGAUGUGUACAAUAUUCAGUCUGGAAUUCACAGAGGUCACUAUGGUGAAAAAAGAGCCCAUGAUGGAUCGAUCAGAGGAGUGGUAGUAGAUGGAUUAAAUCAGGUUACCAUAACUGCAGGUAGCGACAAGUUAAUCAAGUUUUGGAAGUUCAAGAGUAAAGAACUGAUUCAAACCACAAGUCUUAGUGUUCCUCCAACUACAAUUCUGCUGCACAGAGAUAGUGGCAUGCUUGGAGUGACAUUGGAUGAUUUCAGCCUGAACGUUUUUGAUAUUGAAACCAGAAAACUUGUAAGAAAAUUCCUGGGGCACAAUGGAAAAAUAAAUGAUAUGGUAAUUAUUGAGAAAUCUGCAGAAACAAUGGAGGAGGAAGGAGAAACAAAUGAAGAUAUAAUGGAAUAUGAAUCUCCAGAACAAUUGGGAGAACAACUGGUAACACUGUCGUUGUUGCCAGACUCAAGGUGGAGAAAUCUCCUUAACCUCGAUAUCAUUAAGCAAAGAAACAAACCAAAGGAGCCUCCAAAGGUGCCAAAAUCAGCUCCAUUUUUUAUUCCAACUUUGCCUGGACUUGUUCCUCGCUUUGCAACUGAUGUGGGGGAGGAUGUACCACAGUCUAAAAUAGUGAAUCUUGGAGUUCUUGAACAGAAAUCUGAAUUUUACAUGCGGCUUGAAGAAGCAAUUACUCAUCAAAACUAUGAUAUUCCAUUAAAAACUAUAAAAGAAUUAGGACCAUCAAGUACUGACACAGAGCUGCGGAAUUUGGCUCCAGAGGGUGGAGGCUCUGUGGCAGUCAUGCACAGCUUUUUAAGAAUGAUCAGAAGCAUGUUGGAGACUAAACGGGAUUUUGACUUGGCGCAGGCAUAUCUUGCUUUGUUCUUAAAGCUACAUUUGAGAUUUAUCUCUUCAGAGCCACAGCUGAUAGAAGAAAUUUCCACAUUAUCCUCACACCUGGAAGAGACUUGGUUGCACCUGCAGUCACUAUUUAAUCAAAGUUUGUGUGUCUUAAAUUACAUGAAAAGUGCGUUAUUAUGAGAGUUUGUUUUCUUUUAUAUAUAUAUAUAUAUAUAUAUAUAUAUAUAUAUAUAUAUAUAUACACAAGUUUUGAAUUGUAUUAGUUUUACACUUAAAUAUUUUAUCUAAUUGGGUACAUGUUUUAACUUAUCUCUACUGGAGAAGAUAGCAACAUGUGCUCCUUGCAGUGCAAGGGUUAAGAGAAACUUGUACAUUCUGGAUCUCAAUGGCUGUUUUUCUAAUUUUGUAAAAUGAAUCUAAUGCCUUUUUCAAAAUGUAUUUGUUUAUCCUCUCAGACUGAAAACUGAUCAGUUGCAUGUCCAAAAUAAACUUUGUAUAUCCAAAAUAAUUACUAUAUGGGUAUUGUAUUUGUAUGUUUAGUUAAGUUAAUGGCCUGGCUGUUUGAUCAAAGUGUUUAAUAAUGAUCAUGAGAAUACAAUUUAAUAAAAGUAUUAAUCACCUGUU